GGCUGGCAGCUUCCUCUUUCUCCUCCUCCGAGAGGCGGUUCCAGUGGUGACUCCAGGCGACCCUCCUUCCCGGCCGGGGGCUGAGCUUGCGGGCGGGCGGCGCCUGCUCCUCGGCCGGCCUCUCUCUCCAUGGAUCCUCCGCCGGCGCCGCCGCAUCUGCGCGAGUUCCAGGCGCUGGUGGAUCGCGCGGGCGGGCGCGCGCGGCUGCUGCUGGUGGGCGAGGCGCGCGAGGGCGAGCCUGCGCCGCGGGCGCUGCUGGAGACCUUCGCCCGGGACCUCUUCGCCGAGCCGGAGCCCGAGCCGCGCAAGGAGCCGGAGGCGCAGCCCGAUCCUCCCGCCGGAGAGGCGCGCAAGGUCCGCGUGCGCCUGGGCGGCCGGGGCUCGGCGGCGCGCUCCUCGUGCGCGCUGCUCUUCGUGCUCUUCGGCCAGGCGUCGCUUGCGCCUCUGCCUCCGUUGCGCGCUCGCCGGGAGCGGCUCCGCCUGCGCGAGAUCCUCCGCGACGUGCGCAGCCGGCUGCCCUCGGCGGCGCGCCCCGGGGUGGUGGGCGUGGUGGUGCUGGGCGGCGGCGAGGCCGAGGGCGCCCGGCUGCAGCUCGACGCCUUGCUCCGCCAGGUCUUCCGGAGGAGGCGCCCGGCGGAGCAGGACACCCUGCAAGCCGCCCCCUACAGCCCCGGAGCCGGACAGGGCGCCGCCGAAGCCCGCGCCGCCGCCUGCCGGGUGCUGAGAGCCGCCCUGAAGCUCCGAGCAGACGGGGUGGAAGCCAAGAAGCAGAGGAUCCCUGCCUUCCUGCAGUGCAUCCCUUGGGCUCGGAGGAGUCGGCGGAAGGAAGGGCGUUCGGACGCAGCACCCAGCAGCUCCAGCGAAGAUGCCCUGCAAGACCCAGAAGAAGGUGUAUCUUUGACCAACAUGGAGCCCAACGGGAACUGUGAAGAGGCCUGUGGAGUCGCGGCCACUUAAGAAGUCCGGGAGGAACCUUCUCUUUGCUGCUAUAUCGGACUGAAGGAGCUGCCCUUUAUUUGCCUUGUAGGAAAAGCAUCAAGGGCUGAUUUUUUUUGGGGGGGGGAAGCAUCUGUUGGCUCUUUUAAAGGAGCUACUUCGCCUUUGUUUGAUCCCAAGAAACUUCGUAGCAGAAGCCCAGAAGCAGCUCUGCUUAAUCUCAGCCAAGUGAAGAUGGGGACCUCUUCAGCCUCAAGAAUUACAUGGGAACUACAUCAAAUCCUUGAGGUUCCCACUCAAAAGGCUGUGUCAUUUUCACGCAAAGUGGCGGGCAUUGUCCUCUAGUCAGUGAGCAUAUUGCCAUUACUAACAGUGGCUUCUCAUUUUUGGGGUAAUUGUUUUAAUUGCCUUAUUUGGGAAAUAACUACCUUCAAAUGUGAAAUGUCUGGUGAGGAAGUAUUUAUGGCCUGAAUUUAUUGUGCUUGGGAGGAAAAAGAGGAACGAUUCUGGUGCUGCUUUUUU